AUGAAAGAAUCUAAAGAAUCAGAAGAUUUUAGGGCAAAAUAUGGCAAGGGAUUUGACAUAAUUAGGAAGAUGGGAUUCAAGGGAGGGGGGCUUGGAGUUGAUGGAACUGGAAUCUCGGAACCUAUUCAAGUUCAAUUAAGACCAACAAAUCUUGGGAUUGUGAGUGAAACUAACAUUAAUUCCAAUCAAUCUGAGAAAUCUUUAAAUGUCUUGCCUGGAUCAAAAAAUUUAGAGAAAAGAAACAAGAAACAGAAAACAAGUAUAGAAGUGGAAAAAGCGAAGGAAAUAAUAGAAAAUUCUGAACCAGGAAUUAUCCAAGUUUUCCCAAAAAAAGCUCAUCUGGAUGAUAUCAUGGAGUCUGUUUCUGUACAAAGAGAAAUCUAUUUCCAAAAAAAAAAAGAUUUAGAGGAAUAUUUGAAUGAGAAACAAUUAGAAAUUGAAGAUCAAAACAACUCUUUGGACAAUUUAAAAGAAAAAAAGUCAAUCAUGGAAAAUCUAAGCAUUGUUACUAAACAAAUUCAAAGAGCUUUUCUUAAAUUCCACUACGACUUAGAAAAAAUUAUGGAGGAUGAAAUUAUGAGUUUAUUUGAAGAACAAAAAGAUGAAUCUUUAAACGAAAACGAAGAUUAUCAAGACCAAAUGGAUUCUCUUGAAAAAGUGGUAGACGAAUUUUCGACAAGUUUUAAUGGAAUACUUAACUCUUGUACUGAUAAGUCUUCAAGAGAAGUAUCUAAGUCAUAUUUACCCUACUGUUCAAUGAUUAGAGACAUCCUUCGGAAUUCAUUGAAAAAACUAUAUAAGAAAGAUAGAGACAUGAAGCUAGAUCCUGAUUUUGGAAUUACAACAUGGAUUUCUAUAAAGACUUUAUUUGUAAGCUUACAAACUUCAAGGAAAGAGAAAGAGUAUGAUUCCAAAUUCUGUUUUGAACAACUGGUUUUAGAAACCGUAGGAAAAUAUUUGGAAGUCUAUUUUAUGUGUUCGUGGGAUCCUAUUAAAGAAGAUGAGUAUGGUAUUUCAUUAUUGAAAAUCUGGAUUAAUUUGAUUCCAUUCGAAUUUAUAAAGACUAAUUUAAUGCAAGUAAUUUGGAACAAACAAAUCCAUCACCUUCAAAUUAACAAAAUAGAAUUAAAAUCUGUGGGAGAUGUUUCCGAAAAUACCAAGUACAAAUGGAUAUUUAAAUGGCUUCCUUACUAUUACAAAUUUGGAAUGGGAUAUCAAGUUUCCAAAGUUAUUUCAAAAUAUAUUUAUGAGGCUUUAGACGAAUGGGAACCUCCAGAGGAAUGGCCAUUGUCUCUUUUGACAGUUUGGAAACCUAUUUUGGAAACUCAAAAGGAGAAUGAAACUGAAGAAUUUGAAAAUAUUGGAUUAUUUGAACAUGAAACACACCAUAAUCACUUAAUAAAACAAGAACUUGACAAUAUCAUUCUAUCAAGUAUAUAUCCUAAGUUACUUUCCUUCUUUAACAUCAACUUCCAAGUUGAACAAGACCACAAGACACAACAAUUGGAUUCUAUUGAUCAUCUUGAAUUAUGGUUUGAAAAAGAUUUAAUUGACAGAUCCUUGGUGUCUCAGAUAUUUAUGGAAGUAAUUGGCCCCAAAUGGAUCAAAGCUCUUGAAUCAAAAUUGUCUAAUAUUAGAUACGAAUAUAAUUAUAUUCAAAGUUCUAAGAAAAAUACCCCAAAUUUUAUAAAUAAUCAAGAAUUUAUUGCUCUUUAUAAAGAUUUACUGGAAUGGUAUCAGUUCUGGAGGCAAAUAUUCUCCACUGGUGCCAUAGCAUCAGCCAAAAGUAAAGCUUUUUUGGCCAAAGGACUUAUUUAUAUGGAUUAUCAUAUCAACUUCUAUUCUGACUUGGAUCCGGAAAUUAAAAAGAAGACUAGUUGUUGGAUUAAUUAUGAUUCUUUUGAGGAUGAAGAUGAGGAUAUCCCAGAGUUACAGGAUCUGAAAGAUGACACAUUAAUAUUGAAUGUUUUGGAAUGGAUUUCUGAUGAAACAGGAUUAGUUCUCAAACAAAGUGGGAGAAAGAACACUCACGGUAGGCAAAUAUAUUCUAUAGAGUAUGGAGAAUACCACAAAGAAUCUAGAAAUAAGACUCAAAGUAGCUACUUUAAGUCGAAUCCAAUUUUUUCAAAGUUAUUCUUUUAUAUUUAUCAAGGAGUAAUUUUCAUUAGAGAACCUACUUUACAGGAAUCUAACAACUCCGAAGAUUGGACACCUGUCUCAAUACCAAAAAUGCUAGCUAAACUGGGUAUCGAAGAAAUAAAUAGGUAG